AUGCCUCCCCGUAAAGCUAACGCCAGGAAUGCUAACGCAAUUCCUUUAGUCCCAGACCAUGAGGUUAAGAAUGAAGAGUUUCAGAAUGUGAUCCAACUAUUGGCUCAGUGUAUGACCAAUAACAACAAUCAGCAGAUCAUGCCUCCUCGUAAAGCCUACCCAAUGAAUGCUAAUGCACACAAUGCUGAUGUUCCAGUUCCCACAAAUGAUAGUGGUGGAUCAGUGGCUGCUAAGGUCCGUGAUUUCGUUAGGAUGAACCCACCUGAGUUUCUAGGGUCGCAAAGGAUUCCAGUAGUAUUUGCAGAGAGACACUGCAAGGACAUGUUAAAUCAUGUGUUUCUUCAGGCUUCUUAUGGAAAAGCAUGGAAGGUCGAAGUGGAACAUUCUCAAGGACAAAUUUGGCUGGUAAAAGGAUGGAAGGAAUUCAGUGACUACUACGCAAUAAGCAUCAGGCAAUUUUUGAUAUUUGGAUACAAUGCUCGUGAUCAUUUUGAUGUCACUAUAUUUGAUAUAAGUACAACAGAAAUUGAAUAUCCAAUAGAAGAUAUUGAAUCAGAUGAUUCUAUGGAUUUUUUGGAUCAUUCUGCUGAAAAUCUGAGCCAUGGCCCCUUAGUAGAGAAGAGAAGAAGAAAAAGACAAGAAGGGGAAGAACAGGAUGCUAUUCGAGUGAACCUUCAGACUAACGCUAAUGUAAUUGAGGAAGAAGAGGAAGAUAUUCCAGUUAACUUUCAAACUAAUGCUAACGCACUUGAAGAAAAAGAGUCUCAAGAUCAGGAGGUCGGACAAGCUAAUCAUAGAAGUGAAGAAGUUGGUUCAAAGAAUAACAGUCGAUACAGCGUGGUGAACUUAACUGGUGACACUCCGUAUUUUGAAAUUGUUAUAAAAAAGACACACACUACUUAUAUGACUAUCCCAAUGAGAUUCGCCAAAAGGACAAACAUAGUCAACAUGAAGAAUAUGAGGCUGGUUAAUGAAGAAGGAAUAGAAUGGGGAGUGGAAAUAGAGUACACUGAGCAUAGGGCUAUCAUAAAAAGAGGAUGGACAGAAUUUCGAAAAGAUAACAAGAUAGCUAGUGGUGAGACUAUCCGCUUCAAGUUGAUUCAGGGUCGCGUUGCUAAUGUUUUGCAGGUUCAGAAGAUCCCAACACCCCAUUCCUUACGAUAUUAUUAG